AGAACACGCCGUGACAUCACUGUGACAUCAUGAGUGCCCCGGCCGACCACGCGGAGGAAAGGGCUUCCGUAGCGGCGUCAGACCCUCACAACAUCCAGGACAUGGAGCUGAGAGAGGAGUGGCAGGACGACGGCUUCCCCAGGCCGCUCCCCGAGGAUUCUGGGAGUCCAGAGGAGGCGGCGUCUCCGUCAGCAGCCCCGCCCUCCACCCUCGCCCUAUCAGGAGCUGUUGGAGGCGGGGCUAAGAAGCGAUUGGUGGCUCCGGCUCUCAGCCUGACGCUGAGCGGGAAAGACUCACACGACGGGUUCUCCGCCGCUGCGCUGUCGGGAACACCGGACGAGACGCUGUCGCUGGACAUCAACCUGGAAGCCCUGGAGACCCCGUCUGGCAGCGAGACGGGGACGCUGCCGGACAGCACGCACGAGCUGGAGUGGGAGGACGACCUCCCCCGGAUGGCGAGGGGCGGGGCUUGUGGCGUGGCGAGGAGCCCGGUGGAGCAUUCAGAGAUGGGUCUGAUGGAGCUGGACCAGGUGGACAGCAGCGGCCGCCGCUGGAGGAAGUUCUGCAUCUCUGGACACGAGUACCUGGUCAACAUGACGGUCCUGGAACCCUACCUGCAGGUCCUGUCACAUGGAGGUUACUAUGGCGACGGGAUGAACGCCAUCAUCCUCUUUACUUCCUGCUACCUGCCGGAGAACACGGUGGAGGACUACGAGUACGUCAUGGACAACCUGUUCAGGUACAUCGUGGGGACCUUGGAUCUGAUGGUAUCAGAGAACUACCUGCUGGUCUACUUGUGUGCGAUGGCUCCCAGAAACAAGCUGCCGUCCAUCAAAUGGCUCCAUCAGUGCUACACCUCCAUCGACAGGAGGCUGAAAAAGGACCUGAAGGGGCUGCUGGUCGUCCACCCGGCCUGGUACAUCAAAGCUCUCAUCACUGUGGUCAAACCCUUCAUCAGUGAUAAGUUCAGCAGGAAGAUCCGGUUCAUCCAGAGUCUGCAGGAGCUCUCCCAGUUCAUCCCCACAGAGCGGCUGCAGAUCCCCGAGGCCAUCUGCCAGUUCGAUGAGAAGCUGAACCGAUGACGGACGCAGCGCUCGACAGACUUGGUGGAUCCUAAAGGUCAAAGGUCAUCAGGAGCCU